UAUCGGUCCGGUGACGGAUCGCGGUGAGUCGAACGCGCGCGCGGCACAGCUAACGCAGCCGCCGAUAUCGCACCACCAGUCACCGCUACUACUACUGGUACUACUGGUACUACUACUACUACUACUACUACUACUACUAUUCUACUACUACUACUACUAUUCUACUACUACUACUACUACGAUUUCUGCUGCUGUUGCGCUGCUAAAACUACACUGCACACACGCGUACACGUUAUAACAAUAGUAAUAGUUAUAAUAGCGUAUAACAAUAACAAUAACAAUAAUCGCAAACAAGCACGCUCGCGAAUCGUGUAGCCUGCAAGACCCGAACCCAGCAGAGUGUGGUGGCGGCAGAAGGAAAACAUAUAUAAUAACCUAUAUAUUGUAUUACGCGUAUGUACGGCCGAAAACUCGAUUGAAAUGAAAUAAUAAACAGUACAGUACGCCUCUCAGUCGAAUUUCCGGCGCGACACAGUUCCGUGUAUCGUGACACGAGCGCAUGUGAGACAGCGGCGUUUUGCGCGAGUCCGGUCGGCCGAAAAACGAAAUAAAUUCAAAAAAAAACCUGACCGCGGAAAAGCCGGCCGCCCGCCCGCCGAGAGACCGACUCGCGCGCGCGUGACACGAUAAUCGCGCGCGGACGCUAUGACGACCGGCGCCGCCGCCACCGCCGCCGCCGCCGCAGCUACCACCUGAUCGCCGGCGCAGACGACGUGGGCCCGCAGCACUAUGACGACGACGAUUCGCCGCGGUUGAAGUGGUCGACCGUCCCGACCUUCCGCUCAUUACCGGAUCCCGUGACGCACAAACGACGUUUAGUCCAAGAUGGCACAUUACAAGCACAAAGUAUUCGAAGAGGAGACAUCGAGCAUGGGCUCUGUUCAUUUGACAGAAGGAGUGACGGCAUCCUCUACACAUAUCCGUUUUUAUACAGGCAAACCAAAAAAUAUUUGGUCUCGAUUGAAAAACAGAACGUCGUUGGAAAAAGUUCUACUCGCCUUAACCCUACUUAAUGGCGUGAUAUUGCUAUUCAUCAUUAUGUUACCGGUUCGUCAGGAAAAGUGUAAUCCCCCCGCACACCAAAUUCCAGAUAUAUACGAAGAAACCGAUUCUUUUGUUAGUACCGGACAAGGUGAGAUUCAAAAUUAUUGUAUGAAGGAGACAUGCGUAACGACGGCAGCGGCUAUAAUUAAAAGUAUGGACACGAAAUCCGACCCUUGCCAGGACUUCUACCAGUACGCUUGUGGUCAGUGGAUAAAAGCGAAUCCGGUACCAGACGGCAGAUCUAUGUGGGGCAUGUUUAAUGAGUUGGAAAUGAACAAUCAACUUAUAGUCAAAAACUCACUAGAAGCAAUUCCUAUGAACACUAGUAGCAAAGCUGAACUCAAAGCCAAAAUGUAUUUUACGGCUUGCAUGGAUCCAAAUAAUACAAUCGAAACAUUAGGUGCCAAACCAUUGCUGGACUUUAUUAAAGACAUUGGUGGCUGGAAUAUAUCAGGAACAUGGAAUGUAUCUUCGUGGAAGCUACAAAAGACUUUAGAAAUUGUUCAUAAUCGGUUCAAUAUGGCUGGACUAUUCUAUUGGAUGGUCGGCGAAGAUGACAGAAAUUCAAGCAGGCACGUAAUUCAAAUCGACGAAGGUGGGCUGACAUUACCAACUAGAGAUUUUUAUUUGAACGUUACAGCAAACCAAAAAUUAUUAGACACAUAUUUAGAUUAUAUGACAACGAUUGGAACAUUAUUAGGUGGUGAACCAAAUUCAACAAGACUUCAAAUGAAAGAAGUUAUUAAAUUUGAAACACGUUUGGCUAUGUUUACGGAACCUGAUGAAAAUAGGCGCGAUGAAGAAAAGGCCUAUCACAUUAUGCCUAUCAGUGAACUACAGAAUUUAGCUCCAUUCAUUCAAUGGAAUCACUACUUCAAUGCAGCUUUUCGAUUAGUUGAUAGAAAAAUUACAAUUAAGGAAAAUGUCGUAGUAUACUCUCCCUCGUUCAUGUCAAACCUUUCUACAUUAAUUACAGAGUAUAGUAAAUCUCCGGAAAAUAAGACGGUAAUUAACAACUAUCUGGUGUGGCAAACCGUAAGGACCGUUACUCCUUAUUUAUCAAAAGUAUUUCGAGACGCUUAUAAAGGACUACGAAAAGCAUUAUUAGGAUCAGAAGGUGGCGAAGAACCUUGGCGCUACUGUAUUAGCGAUACAAACAAUGUAUUGGGAUUUGCUUUGGGCGCAUUAUAUGUCCGCGAAGUUUUUCACGGACAGUCGAAAAAACUAGCUGAAGAUAUGAUUAAUGAAAUAAGAACAGCAUUUAAGGAUAAUUUCAAAAAUUUGAAAUGGAUGGAUAAAGAAACACUUAUUGAAGCCGAAAAAAAAGCAGAUGCUAUAACAGAUAUGAUUGGUUUUCCAGAUUAUAUAAUGGACUCAAAUCAGUUGGAUGAUAAAUACCAAAAUUUGACUGUACGUUCUGACGAAUAUUUUGAAAACAACCUACGUGCUAUUCAAUUUAAUUUGUUGCAGAAUUUAUAUAAGCUUGAUCAACCUGUCAAUCGUUCAAAAUGGAGUAUGACCCCUCCAACAGUAAACGCAUACUACACACCAACCAAAAAUCAAAUAGUCUUCCCAGCGGGUAUUUUACAGGCACCAUUUUUUGAUCAAAUGCAACAGUCUUCCAUAAACUAUGGUGCUAUGGGAGUAGUCAUGGGACAUGAACUCACGCAUGCAUUUGAUGAUGAAGGUCGAGAAUUUGAUCGCUUUGGAAAUUUACACCAGUGGUGGAAUAAUAAAACAGUAAACAAGUUUAAAGAAGCGACAGAUUGUAUGAUCAAACAAUAUUCUAACUAUAAAGUUAAUGGUUAUAAUAUAAAUGGAAAACGUACAUUAGGAGAAAAUAUUGCUGACAAUGGUGGACUUAAAGCUGCAUAUCGUGCUUAUAUUAAGUUACUUGAAGAAAAGAAGGCUCAACCAAACCGUUUGCCUGCUGUUCAUCUUACCACGCAACAACUGUUUUUCGUCAGUUUUGCCCAAGUAUGGUGUUCAUCAAGUACAGAUGAAUCUCUCAAAUUACAAAUGGAAAAAGAUCUGCAUUCGCCGUCCCAGUUUAGAGUAAACGGUCCACUAAGUAAUUUUGAAGAAUUUUCAAAAGUAUUCAACUGUCAAAUAGGAACACCUAUGAAUCCAGAAGAAAAGUGUAUUAUAUGGUAACAUAUUAAAAUGUUGGAAUAAUUUCAUUUGGCCUAAAACAUAAAAAAAAAAAUAAUACAUUAAUUGAAAGUAUAAAACAUUUAAAAGUUGUAUAAGCAUAUUAACUACCUAAAAACAUUUAUAACUUAAAAUAGAACAUAUUAUGACUAUAUAUUAUAAGUAUUUAACAGGGCUAAGCAUGCACUAACAAAUUAAGAAACUUAAGUUAAGUUAAUUAAAUAUUUUUAUUGGAAGAGUCUUGUGUUAUCUUUUUAGAUUUUAAACUGGACAAUAUUUUAGAACAAUGUAUAUUUUUAUUCAAUAAGAAAUUAUUUUUACUUGUAGAGGUUAUGCUCUAAAACCGUCUUGUAAACCCAAUCAAUGGAUUAUAUUUGUAUACCUAUUUUAUUUAGUCGGCACCACUUUACAAGACAUGUUAUUUGUUUAAUUUCUAAUUAGUUACUCUACACGUGAAUACAAAUGAACCAUGUACAUUCAUUACGACUAUUCACAAAUACUCAAUGUUCAAAAUCAUUAACGUUUUUAAAUAGUCAUUAAUCCUUACAAACAUUAAACCGAUUAGCAAAACUGCAAUACUUAUGCUCUUCGCUUUGAAUGUGAUAACACUGAUAACCAACACAACCAAUUUCCUUUGACGAGGAAUGUGAAUCAAAACAAAUACUUACCAAAACAUCAUGGUAUGAUAGUUUAAGUUAAAUUAAAACAAUGUAAUUGAAAUUUUAAAUCGUAAUACAUAAUCUUAUAAUACCGUUCACGUCAUAAAUAUACUUGUUGAUUCAUUAAUAGAAACAAAAAUGCAAUUAUAUAAAUUAUUCUUUUCCGCGUCUAACAUAAAAAAUUGAUCAAUCACACAAUUUUACUUAAACAAUAAUGUGUAAAAUAAAAAUUAAGUAUUUUUAAGAUUAUAUUAAAUAGGGGCCACAAAAUAGGUUGAAAACAAAAUUACAUUUCUUACAUAAAUUUAAGUUGUUUUCGGUUAUUUAAUUUUUAACUAGUGUUAAGUUAAAUUAUAAUUUAUUUGCAAGUAUUAAUUUAUUUUUUGUUAAAGUGAUAUUCCAUAAAAAAAAAUAAUAAUACUUGAGUCUUAACUUUUAUGAAUCAUCGAAAAAUACAACUAAAUUUUAAUUUAAUCAAUUAUUUGUAUUUACUUAACUUAACGAGUUAAAAAAUGUUUAACUUGCUUAGCCUUGUGGAUUUAUAAAUAAUUAAAAUAUGAUGUAUUUUUUUUUUACAUUUUUCAUUAAUUGCUUCUUUGAAGAUUCCCGUGAAUGUUAUUGUUUAUUUUUUUACUAGUAUUAUGUUAUCUUAUUUUUAUUGAUGUUUUUAUUAAUUUAAUAAUAUGUUUUAUUUUAUCUUUAAUAAAUGAAAUAUUAUACCAGCACACAA